AUGUUCAAGAAGCUUCUCGUUCGCCUCUAUGAGCGCCAAGAAUCAAUGGUCGUUGAACGGUCUGUAUCGCUGCCAAAGUCAUCUUGGUCAUCACUGGAAAAUAAAGCUGCCAAACAAAUGAUAAGACAAGGAACUACCCAACCACAGGAGCCACCUGAAGCACGGAAUGUGGAGACACUAAAGGCAUGGUAG